UUAUUACGUCUGUGGACAUAGAUAACCUAUGCUGUGCUAUGGGUCUAAUCGCUAGAAUUUUUUCCAAUUUUUUUUCCCUUCGAUUUCAGUUGAUGAUAGGUUAAAUAGAAAUGGUCGGAUACAAGAAACAUAAAAACUUAACACAACUGGAUUUUGCCAUAGCUGGAGGACUUUCGGGAUUUAUAACUCGAUCUCUAUGUCAACCUUUGGAUGUCCUAAAAAUUAGAUUUCAGCUUCAAGUAGAACCUAUCUCUAAUAAAUCACACUCAAAAUAUUAUUCUGUUAUCCAGGCUGUGAAUGUAAUAUUUCAUGAAGAGGGUAUCAAAGCGUUCUGGAAAGGACAUGUUCCUGCACAGUGGUUGUCUGUAACCUAUGGAACUGUCCAGUUCUGGUCUUUUGAAGUAUUAUCAAAGAAGGCCCAACACUAUUACAAUUCAAGCAAUGCACCUGUUGUGAAUUUUUGUUGUGGAUCUAUUGCAGGAUGCACCGCUACCUUAGUAUCUUUUCCAUUUGAUGUAAUUCGAACGCGACUCGUUGCUCAAAGUGAACAAAAAAAACUGUAUAAAGGUGUCUGGCACUCAUUUCAAGACAUGGUCACGAAAGAAGGAUUUCCAGUUUUGUUUAGAGGGCUCUUAGUCACCAUCGGUCAAGUAGGCCCUCAUUCUGGUAUACAAUUUAUGUGUUAUAAAGUGUUUGAUGAUAUAUGUAAGAGGGUGAUUGGUUCAGAUUCUACAAGUUUUUCUAGUAGUUUAGUAGCUGGUAGCUUGGCUGGACUCUGUGCGAAGACCUGCAUUUAUCCAUUUGAUUUGGCAAAAAAACGACUUCAGAUUCAAGGGUUUGAAAAUGCUAGAACGGUUUUUGGGAAACAUUUUCAAUGUAGUGGACUUACUGAUUGCCUCGUGAAAAUAUACCAAAACGAAGGAGUACUAGGAUUUUUCAAAGGACUAUGUCCAAGUCUCAUCAAAGCUUCCUUAACAACAGCUCUACAUUUCAGCACUUACGAAAUGGUGUGCCGUUUCUUAGUUUCCUUGAAAUAAUGAUGAUAUUAUUUAACCUUUAUUUGAGAAUUAAAGUCUGCCACGGAACUGUU